UAGUUGGGUGCUCAAUAAACGUAGUUGCUGCUGAGGUCUGGGCUGGGGUCUUGUUCCCGGGAUCGGGAGGCGCUGGACGCCUGUGUGUUCCCUCCUGACGAUCGCUGGCGGCAGCCUCUGGGCUGGUCCUACCAGGGUUCAAACUUCCCGGCACCACUGGCCUUGGCGAUCUGGGGGCGGCCCCUCUGCAGACAGCAGGGUGAGGGGGGCGGGACUGGGCUGGGGCCGGGGCCCUCCUGGAAUCCCGCAGGGCCUGAGGAUCUGUUCACCUGGCGAGGCUGGGAGCAAGGCGGGGUCCGGGUUCCACGAAGGCCAGGUCCAGUCGGUUUCUCAGCCUCCCAGCAUGGUGCUGAAGGCCUUCUUCCCCACGUGCUGCGUCUCGGUGGACAGCGGCCUGCUGGUGGGAAGGUGGGUUCCGGAGCACAGCAGCGCCGUGGUCCUGGCGGUCCUGCACUUCCCCUUCAUCCCCAUCCAGGUCAAGCAGCUCCUGGCCCAGGUGCGGCAGGCCAGCCAGGUGGGCGUGGCCGUGCUGGGUACCUGGUGCCACUGCCGGCAGGAGCCCGAGGAGAGCCUGGGCCGCUUCCUGGAGGGCCUGGGUGCCGUCUUCCCCCACGAGCCCUGGCUGCAGCUGCGCCGGGAGAGAGGCGGCACGUUCUGGAGCUGCGCGGUCACCCACCGGCAAGCGCCCGCUGCCCCCAGAGCCCCUGGUGAGGACCAGGUCAUGCUGAUCUUCUAUGACCAGCGCCAGGUGCUGCUGUCACAGCUACACCCACCCACCGUCCUGCCCGACCGCCAGGCUGGAGCCACCCCUGCCAGCACGGGGGGCCUGGCUGCGGUCUUUGACACAGUGGCGCGCAGUGAGCUCCUCUUCCGCAGCGACCGCUUCGAUGAGGGCCCCGUGCGGCUGAGCCACUGGCAGUCGGAGGGCGUGGAGGCCAGCAUCCUCGCGGAGCUGGCCCGGCGAGCCUCGGGACCCGUCUGUCUACUGCUGGCCAGCCUGCUGUCACUGGUCUCAGCCGUCGGUGCCUGCCGAGUGUUCAGGCUCUGGCCCCUGUCCUUCCUCGGGAGCAAGCUCUCCACGUGUGAACAGCUCCGGCACCGGCUGGAGCACCUCACACUCAUCUUCAGUACGCGGAAGGCGGAGAACUCUGCCCAGCUGAUGAGGAAGGCCAACACGGUGGCCUCCGUGCUGCUGGACGUGGCCCUGGGCCUCACGCUACUGUCCUGGCUCCACGGGAGAAGCCGCAUUGGGCAUCUGGCUGACGCCCUCGUUCCUGUGGCUGAUGUGAGUGGACUGGGCACUGCGUCCUGUAGGCUGUACUGCCUGAAGAUCCAUGGUCUAUCCUCGCUCUGGCGUCUGUUCCGGGGGAAGAAGUGGAACGUUCUGCGCCAGCGCGUGGACUCCUGUUCCUAUGACCUGGACCAGCUGUUCAUCGGGACUCUGCUCUUCACCAUCCUGCUCUUCCUCCUGCCAACCACGGCCCUGUACUACCUGGUAUUCACCCUGCUCCGGCUCCUGGUGGUCGCUGUGCAGGGCCUGAUCCAUCUGCUCGUGGACCUCAUCAACUCCCUGCCGCUGUACUCACUGGGUCUUCGGCUCUGCCGGCCCUACAGGCUGGCGGCUGGUGUGAAGUUCCGUGUCCUGCAGCACGAGGCCGGCAGGCCCCUGCGCCUCCUGAUGCAGAUAAACCCACUGCCCUACAGCCGCGUGAUGCACACCUACCGUCUCCCCAGCUGUGGCUGCCACCCCAAGGACUCCUGGGGUGCCCUGUGCCGCAAGCUGUUCUUUGGGGAGCUCAUCUACCCCUGGAGGCAGAGAGGGGACAAGCAGGACUGAGGGAGCCGGCCGCCGGCUCGCCCAGAACCACUGCACAGCCACGGCCAGCCCUCUGCCAGGGUGGUGCCAGCUCAGCUGGCGCGCGGCCCGUGCUUUGUGGACGCUGCUGUACGCUCCCGAACACGGCAGGCCCUGCUCUCACACCUUGGGCUUGGAGGUCAUUGGGGGUGAGCAGAUGUGGGGGUGGCCAGCCCAGCUGGCUGCGCUCCAUCACUGGCACUGCCUGCCUUGAGACCCACUUCCCGCCUGCUGCAGUCACCACGGUGGCGGGCACAGCAGCCCCAGGUGUCCAGAGCACUGCCCCAUGCCCACCCUGCGUACCCAGGUCCAGAGGGCCC